AGGCGUUACGGGAGAGCCGCAAGGCGCAGCAGCUGCUGCGGGACUGGGGCAGCCUGACGCGGGUUGUGGCAGUGCCGCUGAGCAAGAUUCCAGAGUUUCGGGAGUUGCUGGAAGCUAAGGAGGCCCCCCAGGUGGUCUCCCAGGGGACCCCCAAGGAGGCCCCAGUGCUGCGGCUCUACCCUGGGGGCAGGGCCAGUAGCAGCGAGCCGUUCAGCAGCUACGGAGGCCCCGACGUGGCUGCUGCAGAAAUUGCGUAUUGGGUGUUGGCUGAGGAGGGCCGGGCAGCAGAGUUUUCUGCAGAAGAUGAGGCGAGGCCCCGGGAGGCGGCUCGGGAGUUGCAGGCCUCGCCCAUUGGACCAGUGAGUCGUUUUGAAAACUUGCAAGACAUUGCGGAGCUUCUGAUGGAGUUUUACGAGAAAUACAAAUCCCAACUGGCCUUCCACAUUGCCCGCACGAGCCUCAAAGAGGCCGCCAGGGCCGAGGUCCUCUUCAGUACCCCCUGGGGCGGGGCUGUCCUCAAAGACCCCAGGCCCAACCCCUGGGCCUACCAGCGGGCCUCUGGGGUCUUAAGAGAGGCCCCUCCCUUUUCGCAGUAUUCCCUGGGCAUGCCUCUUAGCUUCUACAGCCUCGAGGCCUUUCUUGAGCAGUGGGCCCGGGGUACUCGAGAGCUGCACUUCAGGUCUCACCGGCUAAGCGCUACGAGCCCGGGGGGACUUGGGAAGGAGCUAAGUCACCACCAGUUCCUCCAGACUCUGCAUGGAGCACCAAGGGCUCCCCUCGCAGUUCUUUACUACGAGCCCCGCUGCCCUGGCUGCGAUCUCUUCCUCGAUGCCUGGAAGCAAGUUGCUGCUGCCUUCAGCCAGCAGCAGCAGCUCCGCGGCCGCCUCCUCUUUGCCCAACUCAACGCAGAACUUAAUGAUCUCAUUGACUUCGACCUCAAGUCCAAAUUGCCCGCCAUCGUGCUAUACCCUGAGGGGCCCCAGGCCCUCGACCGCAGGCGCCUCUACAUGGGGCCCCCCAUAGUGGAAAUGAUCGGCGACUUCCUCCUCGCGGCUUCAGCCCCCAAGGAGGAACUUUGA